CCCGGUGAUUUUCCCUCCCCAGUUCCCCCCCUCCUCCCUCUCUCUCUCUCCCCCUCUCUCUGACAAAGCAUAAUAGGCGAAGGGCACAGAAACUCGCCCCGACGCCAAACGCCUUCGCCUUGAGAUCGAAACAGGUUAUUGUUUUUUCUGCUUGGGGUAGUUUCCGAAUGAUUUAAGGCUCUGGAGAGUGUACAAGGUCUCAUGAAAAUUUGUAACAUUGGUUGUGGCAAAGAAUCUACUGUUGCUACCCAUGGCUGUGAGGUACAUAUCGAUCUCAGCCGUCUGCACAUUGUUAAGCUUCAUUAGCCUCCAGUACUGGACAGAUCUGUCACUUGGGAAGCUAACAUCAGACGAAUUAGUUAGCGAGGAUUCUAUUGAACAUUCAAAUACCCACCAUGCUUCACAGCUGCUUCUGGGUUCUCAAGCCAGAACCCUGUUGUUGGCCAAUUUUGCACUGAAUGUAUUUGUUUUGCUAAUUCUGGGUCUCAAGACUGUAUUCUUUGUGGAGCUGUACCCUUCUGAAAUUCGAAAACUAGCAGAGAAACUUAUUAACUAUAUUAUCUACAAGGGGUUAUUUCUUCCCUUGGUUGUCCCACCAACAAUAUUUCAAGCAGGCCUUUGGUCAACAUGGUUGACUAUACUUUGUUCAUUGAAGAUGUUCCAAGCUUUGGCAAGAGAUCGACUUGAGCGGUUGAAUGCUUCUCCUUCUGCAAGUCCAUGGGCAUAUUUCCGUGUAUAUUCUGUGUUAUUAUUGGUUUUAUCCAGUGAUUUGCUCUGGAUAAAGCUGUGUGUAGUGAUAUAUGGAACAUUGCAAUCAUCUAUGUUUCUUCUGUUGUUCUUUGAGCCGCUUAGUAUUGCUUUUGAGACAUUACAGGCAAUAAUGGUACAUGGCUUUCAGUUGCUUGAUAUAUGGAUCCAUCACUCAGCAGGGAACCAUUCAAGCUCAAACAAUCAUCAAUUUAAACUCUUUGAUGUAUCGGCAACAGGUUCAUUGUGGGAAUGGAAAGGCAUUCUUAUCCGGAACUUGGGAUUUCUUCUAGACAUCAUGACGUUGUUGAUGGCACUUGGUCAUUAUGUGCAUAUUUGGUGGCUACAUGGCAUGGCAUUUCAUGUUGUGGAUGUAGUUCUUUUCCUAAAUAUACGAGCCUUGUUAAGCGCAAUAAUAAAACGCGUAAGAGGAUUUAUAAGAUUGAAGAUAGCUUUAGGUGCACUUCAUGGGGCACUUCCUGAUGCAACAUCUGAAGAGAUACAGGCAUAUGAAGAUGAAUGUGCCAUCUGUAGGGAACCAAUGGCAAAGGCAAAGAAACUAUCUUGUAAUCACCUUUUCCAUCUAGCAUGUUUGAGAUCUUGGUUGGAUCAAGGUCUAAGUGAGAAUUACUCUUGCCCCAAUUGUCGAAAACCACUUAACAUGGGCAGAUCUGAAGAGGAAGCAAACCAUCUUGUGGCUGAUGUUUCAACUGAUGAGCAACUUGCCCGUCAAAUGAGUUCUGGACUUGAUCGACAUAAUCCUCCCAGUAAUGCCUUGCCAACAGGAGUGUUCCCCGAUCAGAUGCAUAACCCAUUAGAAACUGGUCCUUGGAGUGGCGUAGGGCUUGAUUCAAGUUGGCUGAAUACAUGGUCAAGCCAGGGUCUAGAUGGGGCUGGUCCAUCUACUGGUGCAAGAUCAGUUGGACUAGGAAGAGUUCAGAUGAUGAUGCGGCAUCUUGCAGCUGUGGGAGAAACAUAUGCCCAGACUGCUCUUGAAGACGCAGCUUGGAGCCUUUGGCCUAUGAAUCCCUCUCAGGCUGGUCCAUCUGGUUCAGCCCUUCAUCAUAGUGGUUUUGUCAGAUACCCUGGAACUGCUGGUGGUUUACAUAUGAGGACUACCUCACGAGCUGCAAACAACAACAUGGCAAACAUACUUGCCAUGGCUGAAACUGUGCGGGAGGUGCUUCCCCACAUUCCUGAUGAACUAAUUUUUCAGGAGUUGCAGCGCACAAAUUCAGUUACCGUCACUGUGAAUAAUCUGCUCCAAAUGUGAGUUGCCCCCGGAGACUUGCAAUCAUCUAAAGAAGGGGAGGGCCCGGUGCCAUCUUGCUGUCCAAUUUUCCGGAGUGUUCGAUAUAUAUAUAUAUAUAUGCAUAAUAUAUAAUCACAAGCUUGCUUCACCAACCUCUGUAUAUACUCUCUCUCUCUCUCUCUCUCUCUAUAUAUAUAUAUAUAUAUAUAGGACAGGCUGGCUAUGUAUGGUAAAAAAUGAAGAAGUGUGGAAGUAUAUAUUUCUGGGCCUCCUUCUGGUCUGGUUGAAGGAAAUAAAUUUGCUCUGUUGAAAUGUGGGCAAGCAGUGCUUUUGCUCUGUUAAUUGACAUAUAUCAAACUUACAACUUA